AUGUUGGGUAGCAGUCAAGCUCCAGACUUAUCAGAGCACCGUGCCGCCCUGAUCAAGGGGACGACAACACUCGAAUCACCCACGGUCCUGGGCAGUACAGCUACCGUCUUCGCCAAUGUCCCAGACUUUACAAGCAUCAAGAUCAAUUGGAAGAGCUCCUACCAACCUACUGGACUUCCAAACCCAUCCGCUGGUGGUCACCCAUACAUACAGCGCGUUAGCCUGGGUGUGAUUGGAGGAAACGUUCAAGCUUACGUUAAUCGAGGUACAUCAGUUAUAUACACGAUAGCCUCUCGAUCCUGCUCAACAACGACAAAUGGAGUGUAUUUUAGUCGAGACAGCCCGGCUGCAAUCCUAGUUGUCUGUGAAUUCACGUACAACUUAAACUACAAUCUCUGGACCCCAGCAAGUGGAGAUGUAAUGAGAUAUGAUGUAUCUUCAACCAAUGGCGGGUACAUGAAACUCUACAACAGAGACUCCUCCAAUACCAUCAUCACACGCUACUAUAAUGGACAGACAGUGUCUGGCUAUUCAACUUUCACCUUUGACUUUGUUGACCCUUACCACUGUGUAAAUGUCGGUAGUGGAUGUCGAACCACCAUGCUGAAUGCAGGGAACGAUGUCACCACACAGGCAACAAUGACGAUCACUUGGCAAGGCUGGGCCGACGAUCUAGCUGGCAUUAAAGAAUACCACCUGGAAGUACGACAGCUAUCGGGAAUCCAUGGCAACGAGAUGACAGAAAUCUUUGACACCCCUGCCGUUUAUUCCGGAGUAACCAACUCUGGUCAGACUGCCACUUUUCCUCAUGUUGGUGUUUACUCCAUCGUCCUCACUGCUGUCGACAACGCUGGAAACUCCAAACUCAGCAGACGCUUUGUGUUCUUCGACGACGAUCCUGACGAUGUCACUUUGCAGAACAACGCAUCUGUGCGAUUACUUUUAGCGACUGAAGGAACCAACUACGAGUGGUUGAUUGACCUCGACUCCAACGGAGGGAUGACAUCCGUAGUUCUUGAUUGGACAAACAGAUUCCUCAAUAUUCAUCACCUGAAUCAAGGAUUGCUGAAACCCAUCGGGUCGUACGUCAAUGCAACUAUUGAUAGUGGUUAUGACCAGUACUUUGGCCAACGUGGUCGUGCAGCGGUUCCCAAUGCCCUUGGAGUGACUGAGUUCCAUGUCUUUUACGACAUCGACCACAGCGGUGGAAGGACCACCGUCAACGUGAGUGACGACAACUCGGACAAUUGGAGUAAUGAAGCCACAAACACACAGGCGACCUACAACCUGACCUUAGUAGACGGUGAUUCCAUUCGGUUCUGGGUGGAGGCUAGAGACCUAGCCGGUCACGUUGUGAGGGACAGUGUGUUAGUUCACGCUGAUUACCCUCCGACUAUUCAAGAUUUCAAGCUCAUACCUGGUUUGUCGGAUAUCAGAGUGGAGUGUACGACGUUUGAUGAACACAGUGGUGCAAGCACUGUCAAAUGGCGACUCUUUCACGUGGAUAACGGCACUGAGAUAGAACAUGUCAAUGAAAAAAUUCCAGUUGAACAUAUUGAUCGUGAGGACUGCAACCCUGCAACCUGCCAUUGUGUCCCAAUUGGUGACUGCUACGCCACAAACUACAAACCUUCAUUCGUCGUCGAUGAUAGUGACUUUGAAUACUACAUCACACUGACAGUCACUAACCAUGCAGGACUUGUUAUAUCCAAGACGAUAAAAACCGAACGGAUAGUGACGCCAGACAAUGUGGAGCAAACUGCCGAAUCUCUGGCCAAACAAACCAACGACACUUCCUCCAUCAGUGCCGAUGAUGUAGCUACCGCGGCCGACCUGUUGGACAGCAUUGCCAACGCGCAAGACACAUCCCCAGAUGUAACAGCUAAUGUCGUCAAGAUUGUGGAAAACCUUCAACAAGUAGACACUCAUGAAUUAAACGACACGGGGGGUGCGGCCAACUCAUCCUCACGCAUCAUCCGGGCUCUGGAGAAGCAGAUCGCAAACGUUCUCGCCGCGGGGAAGGACGUCAGUGAGGUGACGAGCAGCGUCGCGGUCUUUGCGAUGAUUCUGGAUCCCAACUUGGUUGUGGAAAGGCUUCAGUUUGUAGCUCUGUCUGACAGGAAUGAGACCAACUCUCUUUUGGAUGAUAACCUUGAGGUUUAUUACGGUACCAACAGCACGGACGUCCCUUUAGGGAAAGUUGAAGCAUCGGUCUUACUACCAGGCGUUAUACUGAAUCAGUUCCCAGCAGACAGCCCGCUUCCGGUCAGUUUUGGCCUGUACACCAGCAGCAAUCUCUUCCGAUCCCAACUAAUUGAUGACAGUCGGUCCACGGACAAUCCCCAGACCAUCGGUAGUCUCAUCAUCUCUGCCAGUCUGCUGAACGUCAGCAUCACCGAUCUCCCUCCUGAAACGCCUGUUGUCAUCACCUUCAAUCUACACAAAGAAUUCCGCCAAAAUGAAAACUCCUAUCAAACGGAGACCUGCGUCUUCUGGGAUUUUAGUCUUCGUGGCGGCAUUGGUGAUUGGUCAACAGAAGGCUGCAGGAAAGGUCAACCGACCAAUGGGAGAAUAGUUUGCAUGUGUGACCACGCCACCAAUUUUGCUAUACUUGUGACAAGUCCCAUGAACACCGUGGACGAAGCUGCAGAAGAUCUUGUAUCGCAAUCCAACGAUACUUCCUCAAUUGACGCCGACGCCUUCGAUCAAAUAGCGGACCUGCUUGAUGACAUUGUCAACUCUCAAGAUACAUCUCCAAAGGUCACAGCAAAUGUCGUCAAUGUUGUGAACAACAUCAUGCAAGUGGACACCCGAGAAUUCAACAAUUCGGAAAACGCCGCCAACUCUUCAUCCCGCGUUGUCCGCGCCCUGGAGAGGCAGGUGUGGAAUGUCCUGGCCGCGGGGAAAAACAUCAGUGCGGUCACUACCAGCGUGGCGGUCGUUGCGCGUCACUUCGACCCCGAUGAUCUUGUCAACGGGCUGGGGUUUGCGGCUAUUUCUGGAGGGAGUGGCAGCGAAUCCUUGGUUGGGGAGGAUAUAGGCAUCUAUUGCAGUUCCGACGGGGGCAUCCCCGUGGAGAAAGUGGAAGCAUCCAUUGAACUACCAGAGGCAAUACUGAAACUAUUUCCCACAGGCAGUGCUGUACCCAUCAGCUUCGUCAUGUAUGAGAACAGUAAUCUCUUCCACUCCCAACAAGUGGACAACGCCUCUUCAACGGAGUUCCCCACUGCCAUCGCCAGUCGUAUCAUCUCUGCCAGUGUACCAAAUGUCAGCAUCAGCGAUCUCCCAUAUGACAGUCCAGUUGUCAUUGCUUUUCGCCUAAACCCUGUGUUGACUCCAACUGAGAAUACCGAGCAGACGGAGACCUGCGUCUUCUGGGAUUUCAGUCUUCGUGACGGCAUCGGUGAUUGGUCCGCUGAAGGCUGCAGGAAAGGUCAACCGACCAAUGGGAGAACAGUAUGCCUGUGCGAUCACGCCACCAAUUUUGCCGUUCUUGUGAAUAUCCAUGGCAAGAAGUUCACCAGUUUGGCUUUGGACAUUAUCAGCAAAAUUGGAUGUGUUGUCUCCAUCGUGGCCUUAGUCAUCACCAUUGUCAUAUACUCAUCGUUCAGGUCGUUGAGAUCGAAGACCCCCAGCCGCAUCCUCAUUAGCUUCUCACUGUCUCUGCUGUGUCUCUACCUGGUCUUCGUAGCCGGCAUCGAGCAGACGUCCUCCCGCGUGGGUUGCAUCGUGGUAGCCGUCUUGAUGCACUACUUCACGCUGACGUCCAUGGCCUGGAUGGGCGUGGAGGCUACUAACUUGUACCUCAAGCUGGUCAGGGUCUUCAAUUCUGAUGUGGAGCAUUUUAUGAUCAAGGCGUCUGUCGUUGCUUGGGGUCUACCAUCGCUCAUCAUAGGUGUGAUACUGGCAGUUGAUUAUACAGUGUAUGACAACGAAUACAGUUGCUUCUUGAAGCCCGGAGCUGCUUUCUUUUUCGGUCAGCUGCUCAUCAUAGGACUGGUCUUCCUUUUCAACGCCGUCAUCUUCGUGCUGAUCUCGCGCAAGGUCCUGUGUAGAGACAAGAAAAUCCAGAGCACCGCCAACACGAGCAAGAAGAAACGGGACAGGAUCAUGAAGCGCCUGCAGAACAUUGCCGCCGUCUCGUCCCUGCUGGGCCUGACCUGGGUCUUCGGUCUGCUGUCCAUCUUCGAGGCUUCCAGCUUCGCCUUCCAGGUCAUCUUUGCCGUCUGCAACUCCCUCCAGGGCUUGUUCAUCUUCCUUCUGUUUGUCGUGCGCCAGGAGAACAUCCGCGCGUCCUUGAUGGUCCACCUGCGAGGACCAAACCGGGUCGGCGCCAACGCAGCUAGCUCCACCGCAAUCAGCAAGCUUGUCAGCAGCGCUAAAGAACAUGAAGAGCCAGGCUCAAAUGCACCAACCGAUGAGAGCAUGCCCUCAGAAAAAUACGACCAGGAUAAUGGUUUUUCCAACAGCCCCGAAACAGAAAAGAUUACACACUUCUAA